UCUUCUUCUCUUCGCUUCUCUUCUCACCGUUCUCGCUCUUCUCUCGCUCUUAAAGCUGCGGGCUGUCUCUGACGGAAUAGAAAUCUUACUAGGUUUUUCUUGAUAAAGAAGAUACUAUCCUCUUCUCUCACACAUUGGCCGAAUCUGAAGCUAUGGUACCGGACGGGUUCCCCGCCGGAUUGCGAGUUUUCGUGGUCGACGAGGACUCCGUCGCUCUUAGAAUGCUUGAGAAAAUGCUUCUCCAGUGUGGCUAUAAAGGCUCUGUUUCUUCUCAGCAACGUUGUUUUGAAUGAUCUUGUGAGGAAAAGAGAUGGAUAUGACGAUAUUGCUUUAAAAGAUAAUUUGGCUUCACAAAAAAGAGCUAGAGUUUCUUGGACCCCAGAGCUCCAUGCAAAAUUUAUCAAUGCUGUUAAUCAGUUAGGCAUAAAUAGUAAGUGUCUUUACUUAAUAACUCUUUUUUUAUAGUUUUCACUUUUUAUUUUCUUGAUCUUAAAAUAAGAAUAUUUUUCAGAGGCAGUUCCAAUAAAAAUACUUGAUAUCAUGGACAUACCAGGACUGACGAGAGAAAAUGUCGCCAGCCAUUUACAGAAGUACAGAAAAGGCUUGAAAAGAAAUACAAUUGAGCUUAAUCAAGAAAUUUUUGAUAAUGCUAAAAUAAGAAGAGAAAGUGAAAAUCAAUUCGAAUAUCAACAAUUCGCUUUAAACAAUGAUCUUAAUGAUAACAAUAAGUUUGAUGAGCUUGCAACAUUAUUAGCAUUUGAACAAAAACAACCGCAAAAUAGCUCUGACUCAGGUGCACAAAUCAACACGGAUUCAGUUGAUGUUCCAAGUUAUAGUUUGGAAGAUCAUUGGGGAAGCAAUGCUUCGAAUUUGGCAAUCCUAUCUGAGUUUGAGAAUAUGGAUGACACAGAUGAGCUUUAUGUAGCACUUAGCUCGGUAAAUAAUUUUUCUUAUGAAGUAGAUUGUACAAGGAGUGUUUUUGUUCUUGGUUCUCUGCAACAGACAGAUAAAAUGCGUUUGGUAUAGGGAAUGCCAAAAUGGGCUGUUUGGCUGGGCAUAAUGGCUUAAUCUGACUUAGCAAAAUACCCAAUCAAACAUCAACAUCUAGAAUCCGAGGUAUACAAGGCUACCAAAAAAAAUUGGAUGAAAAGUAGGCUUGCUGGGAUCACUCUAUGUGCACUUACCAAGGAAGCCUCUAUUUUCUGUAACCUUGUACAGAGAAAGUCCUAUCUGCAUACUUUUAACUUACUACUUCAGCACUUUAUUGAAUUACUACUUUAGCAUAUACAAUCUUUUCAUUUGUGCUUUUAAUAGUUUUAAAUAGGUUGUUGUUGUUGUUGCUGUUGUUGUUAUUACAUUUGUCCAACAUCAAAGCAUUUGUACAUCACGUAAGCUUCGUUUGGGAUAAUAUUCU